ACGUUGAUCAGAGCAGAGACGCCAUUACACUGAAGGCUGGGAUCUGUAUUUAUGGUGAGUCGUGUUAUUUGGGGGGGGAAAGGAAAUCUGAAAAUCAGAUCAAAUGGCUGAAAAACUUGUACUUUUUGAAAACUAUCUGAGCUGCCAUGUGUGUUCAGAGACUUUCAGAGAUCCUGUGUCUCUGAGCUGCAGCCACAGCUUCUGUUCAAGCUGCCUGCAGAAAUUCUGGGAACAAACUAAAAACAAAAACUGUCCCAUUUGUAAAAGAAAAUCUUCAAAAGAUUAUCAAUAUGUAAACUUUGCUCUCAAAGAACUUGCUGACUCUUUUGCUGGGAGACAGAAAGUUGGAUCAUCUGAUACACUAAAAGAAAAGAAGGUAUUGGAAAUGAUUUGCAGUAAACAUGAGGAAGUGCCUAAACUGUUCUGUGUGGACGAGCAGAGAGCUGUGUGCACCGUGUGUGACUUUUCUCUCCACCAGAGUCACAAAGUGGUUCCUGUAGAAGAAGCAGUCAGUGACCUGAAGGAGCAGCUGAAAUCUGACUUAAAGUCUCUGCAGGACAAGAGGAACAAAUACAAACAAGUGGAGGAACUCUAUCUGUCUGAUGAUCUGACCAGUGUGAGAUUUGGAGACACAUGGCAGCAGCUUCCUGAUAAUCCAGAGAGAAACACUAAGUAUGCCACUGUUUUUGGCUCUGAGGGCUUCAACUCAGGGAAACACAGCUGGGAAGUGGAGGUGGGAGACCAUCCUGUCUGGAAUGUGGGUUUAGUUAAAGAGUCAGUUGAGAGGAAGGGAGAGUGUCCUACUUUACCAAAAUGUGGAAUCUGGUGUUUAGUUUAUCGUAGUGGAAAAUAUACUAAUGUUGUUGGUGAGACUGUGACAGUGAAGAAGAGUCUCCAGAGGAUCAGAGUCCAGCUGGACUAUGACAGGGGGGAGGUAUCCUUCUAUGACCCUGAAGACAUGACUCACAUCUACACUCACAGAGACACUUUCACUGAGAAACUCUUCCCAUAUUUGGGUAUUGGAGAAGCAGGAGACGCCAAAACCUCUGAUAUCAAAAUCUGUCAGACUGAGAUUUCUUUGAAAACGUCAAUGAGGUCUACAGAGCAUGGAAAGAAAAGCGUCUGGACUUCUUUAGCGAGGUCUUUUCAGUGAGUUCUUGGUGAAUUUUUUUCUUUCUUUUGUUACAACUUGUUUUGUGGUUAUUUGUUUUUUUUGUUCUCAAGGCUUUUUUAUGUGAGAAAUGCAGGAAUGAAAUGUUAGCACUUUCAAAAUGAAAUUACAAAUGUAGCUCAGAUCCUUUUAUUUUUCAAAUUAAGUUUAACAAUCCAAUUUCAGAAAUAAUGCAUCAAAUGUUGGAUGAUAUAAAACUGACAUGAGCCAUCUUUUCCAUUUGUUCAUUAUUCUUGGAUUCCCUUCCAUUUUUGCCAAAUUUAUAACAGUUUUAAAGUUAUUUAACUGAUCAUAAAACUGUUUUUAACAUUGAAACAGUGCAAAAUUGGUGCUAGAGACCUAAAUAGAUGCUGAGAACUGUCAUUUUGAUUCCCUUUACAAGUUAUUGAGGUCCAUAUCAGCAAAAUAUGUGUGUUUUACUGGUUUCAGAAUGUGCUAAAACUGACUAAUAAAUAAACACAGUGUCUUCUUUUCUUUUGAUACUUCACAAUCAGUAAUGAAUUUAAGUAAAGGAUUGUAUUUUAUUUAAAUGUGAUUCUUAUGGUAUGUUCUACAUCAUGACAAAAUAAACCAAGCUGUGUACGAUGACAUAAUAAUUUCUUUAGAAUAAUCUGCAAUGACACAUUCUAAAAGAUUAUUCAGUUGUAUUCAUACAAACUAAAGCUCACUCUUUGUUUCUUAGACUAUUCCUAAGUUCUGUAUAAAUUGCUUUGUCAGGGACAAUUCAUAAUACACCUUAGAUUUUCAACUCAACCUAAUAAAACAGAUAAGUAAAACAGUAAAAAUCACGGUUUAAAACUGCAAUGAGGUCUCUGUGAUUCUUUUAGUUUUGUUUUCUCUUCUCUGAAGCUUUCUUGCUUUUGUUACAGCUUGUUUUGUGGUUAUUUUCAAUUUAGGCAACUCCUGUUGUUCUUUCUUAUGUGAGAAAUUGCAGAAAGAAAGAUUUAGAACCUGCAUGCAUUCAUACAAUGAAAUAGAAAUGAUUUUCAAAACACAGACAGCAAAACUGAAUCAUAAAUGUCAUUUAUCUUUGUUUUGUUUUGUUUAAUAUUCACUUUCAAUGUUUUAAAAUCUUUUUAUUUACUUGUUCAUUUUUUGGUGAUUUUCUGCCUUUUUUGCCAAUAUGUAGCAGUUGUAAAGUCACUGGGUGUUCAUGAAACAGUUAUUUAAAUAUAUAAACAGUGCAAAAUUGAUGUGGCAUUGAUAAGCAAGCACUGAUAA